AAUUAUUUUUCUAUUAUUUUUUUAAGCGUUUUUCUUAUACUUUAUUUGAAAAUAAUCAAUUAUUUAUGUUUACUGUAAAAAAUACCACUUGUUAGUUGUUAGUACCCAAUUAGAAGGAAAACAAUUACAAUUUUACAAAUUUACUUAACAUUCUUUAAACGUUGUUUUAGAUUUAAUAAUGUAAAAUCAGUUAAUCGUAACUAUUAUUCUGGAGCAUAACUAAUGGAGAAGGAAGAACGUAAAGAAGUAUAUGAUACUCCAGUAACUGACGAAAAUGGAUCUCCAAUCAGCAUUGUUUGGAAACCUGAUCUUUAUAAACUCCAACAAGAAUCCCCUAAGCCUCAACCAGUAUUUGCACCUAGCGCUGUGUCUGGAUGUCCAUUUUUCUAUGGUCUUGAAUAUCACGGUGCGAUGAAUCAUAAAGAAGCAAAUUCAUUAUUAAUAGAUGAUGGUAACUAUCUGAUACGACUAAGUACCAGUUCAGACGAUAAGACGUAUACACUAUCAUUAAAAAUAUUUGGAAAAGUCCAUCACUAUAAAUUAUUUUAUGACGGACAACAUUAUGUGUCACAAAAACGUUUUAACACAAUUAAUGAUCUUGUUGCAGAUGGAUUAGUAACAUUGUACAUGGAAUCUAAAGCUGGAAAAUACAUCUAUUUAAUGCAUAGUUUAAUAAGUUAUGAAAAAAGUCCUUAUAUGACGUUAAAUAAACUCAAACGUAAAACAAUCAAAAAACUAAAACCGAGACAGCUAAAUUGUGAAGAAGUAGUGGAUUAUGACAAGCCUCACAAUUUUAAAACACAUAACUUUAAAGGGCUUAAUUGGUGUGAAUUGUGUAGUAAUUUUUUAUGGGGUUUUACUCAGCAAGGCGUGAAAUGUGAAGAUUGUGGUUUCAGUGCACAUUUCAAGUGUUCUGAAAAGUUGCCACCAGAUUGUUAUCCAGAUUUAAAAUUGUUUCGAGGCGUUUUUGGCAUUGAUUUAACUACUCAUGUUAAGGCCUAUAAAACAAAUAGACCGUUUGUUGUAGACAAAUGUGUUGAAGAAAUUGAAAGGCGUGGCAUGUCUGCUGAAGGAAUUUACAGAGUAUCUGGUUUUCAAGAAGAAAUGGAUAGUUUGAGAUUAGCUUUAGAUAAAGAUGGUAAAGGAACAAUAAUGGAUGAUCAAGCUUAUGAAAAUAUACACGUAGUAGCUAGUAUUUUAAAAAUGUAUCUCAGAUUGCUUCCAAUACCACUAAUCACAUAUGAUGUCCAUCCCUUAGUCAUAAAAGCUUUAGAAAUUCAAAUGUCCUGGGAAAGAUUAGCUGAAAUGAGAGCCGCUCUGAAAAAAUUGCCUCCAGCACACUUUAAUACUUUAAGCUAUUUAAUGGCUCAUUUGCACAGGGUGACUUUACGAUUAGAUGAAAAUAAAAUGACUGCUCAAAAUCUAAGCACAGUUUUUGCGCCAACUCUUAUGCCAAUGCCUGAUUUAAUUGAUUUCAAAGGUACAAUACCAGACAUGAAUCGCGAUAUAAGUGCAUUACAUAUGAUUAUUGAAAACCAAAAUGCAAUAUUUAAUUGACAAUUUACAAUAGUUUAUUGGAAAAUUAUUGUGAAAACAAAUGCAAUAAUUUUUUUUGUUUUACUUGAUUCAGUAUUAUUUUAUAACAAAUUUUUAUUAUAAUUUUAAAAUGAAUAUUUUAUAUGAAAUUUAUUUUUUUUAUUCUCAACUAUAUUUUUUAUAAAUGUAUGUAUUUAAUUAUAUGUUAUUUUAUAUGGGUAUAUUUUUCUAUUAUUGUGCGAUUUUUUUUCAUGUUUUAUAAAAAUAUAUAUAUUUCCAAGUUUACAGUAUUAUUAUUAUUAUCAUUAUUAUUUAUAACAAGAUAAACAAUAAAAUAGUUUUGUGAUUAAAUUAUGUAGGGAAAAAUCGGCAAAGACCGUUGACUACUCAGUGGAUUUUUAAUUUUUAAUUUUCAUGAUUCUCUGUUAUAAUGUUCACAUCCAAUUUUAAUGGAUAUACGUUUGUAAUAGUUAAUUACAUUUAAUAUCAUCAAUAAAUGUUGGUAUCAAUA